UCUUGAGGUUACGGGUAAAAUUGUUAUCUUGUAUAUGAAGGAUUAUAUUUUUGAUGAUAUCUUUUAAUUUUUGUUUCUUUUAGUAUAAGAAAAAUAUUACGUUAAUUGGUAGUUAGCUUGUAAAUUUUUAUAUUUGAAGUGUAUAAAAAUGGAAAACAAGUGGAUAAAAUGUUGCAAUUUAUGUCUGGCUGACCGGGCGUCUGGGUGUGGUGAAACUCCGAUGAAUGGGGGAAUUAGUUAAAAAAAAAAAAAAGACAAAUAUUUUGAAGCGUUGCGUCUGUCGUCUCUGUUAGUACUGCCCUGGUUGAAAAUAGAGGAAAAUCUCUGGCAUUUUGAUCCCAGAAGUCAGAACAUCUGAAGGAAAAGCCAUGAGAUUUAAGCUUCUGGGCAGUAUGAGAAAAACAGGCUUACGAGAGACUAGGAAAGAUAGCAUUAAUCGCUCUAAGGCUUCUAGAUGUCUUAGCUUCACGGCUUCCCGAGAUUGGUAUUACCGUUAUUUCUUCGCGUUUUCCGGCCUCCGUUCCGUGACCACCGACUUCGACGACGGCACCAAAAUGCAUUGUUGGGUGCCCAAGGUUCAGAAGCCAGGCAAGCCGAACCUCCUCCUCCUGCAUGGCUUCGGAGCCAAUGCGAUGUGGCAGUACGGCGAUAUCCUCCGCCACUUCGUCCCCCGCUUCAAUGUCUACGUGCCGGAUCUCCUCUUCUUCGGGGGAUCCUACACCACGCUCCCGGAGAGGACGGAGGAGUUCCAGGCCAGGUGCGUCAAGAGAUUGAUGGAGGCACAUGGGGUGGAGGAGAUGAGCCUGGUGGGGAUAAGCUACGGCGGGUUUGUCGGCUACAGCCUGGCCGCGCAGUUCCCCCAGGCGGUCGAGAGGGUGGUGCUAUGCUGCGCCGGGGUUUGCGUGGAGCAGAAGGAUAUGGACGAUGGGUUGUUUCAGGUGGCGGACUUGGACGAGGCCGCCAGCAUUCUGAUGCCGCAAACGCCCGAUAAGCUCAGGGAACUGAUGCGCUUUUCGUUUGUUAGGCCUAUCAAAGGCAUCCCUUCAUACUUCCUCACCGAUUUUAUCGAUGUGAUGUGUUCUGAAUUUAUAAUGGAGAAGACACAACUCAUCCAUACUAUUCUUGAAGACAGACACUUCUGCGAUCUUCCAAAGAUUAAACAGAGGACAUUGAUAAUAUGGGGAGACCAGGAUAAGAUCUUCCCUCUGGAGUUGGGGUACAGGCUUCAAAGGCACAUUGGAGAAGAAGCUGAAUUAGUAGUGAUAAAGAAUGCAGGGCAUGCUGUGAACCUGGAGAAGACCAAUGAGUUUGCCAAAUACUUGAAGGCAUUCCUUUUCGAAUCUUCGUCUGAUUAGAUGAAACCCAACAUCUAUCACCUUCUGUAUAGUAUGGAAUAUUACAUUUUAUUGUUUGUGUGUGAUUAAUGAUCAUAAUGAGAAAUAUAUCU